CGACUUCUCUAUCGCGCCGAUCACAUCUCCGGCAACUUCGAAAACGCGCCGAUCUGCGUUGAAGCAUUUUGGAGUAUGAUUCCUUCAAUGAGUGAACUUCUUGGUUGAGUUGGCUUUGAUUACCUGCAGUGUGCAUCUUGUCGUAGUUUUUCAUUUUCCAAGAUUUGAUGUAAUUCAGUUCUGUGAUUCCUGAAGUUGGUUGAAUCAAGAGAAGACACAAGAUGCCACUAUACGACUGUAUGCUGUUACUGAAACCCCAUGUAAAGAAGGAGGCUAUGAUGGACCUCGUUGCAAAAGUUGGGAAGCAUGUCUAUCGAAAAAAUGGCGUCCUUACAGAUUUAAAGUCAUUUGGAACUGUUCAACUGGGUUAUGGCAUUAAGAAACUAGAUGGAAGAUACUAUCAGGGUCAACUGAUGCAAAUGACAGUGAUGACACCACCCAGUUUAAACAAUGAACUGCAUUACCUGAACAAAGAAGACCGCUUGCUCCGUUGGCUUUUGGUUAAGCAUCGAGACAUCAAAUUUGGAUUCGACUUGUUGGGUGAAGAUGAUGAUGGCAAGGCUGAACUAAGCAAGUUUAGGAGCAACAUGUAUGAGGAGGAAGAAGAAGAAGAAGAUGAUGACGACGACGACGACGAGUAUAAUACUAAUGAAGCCGAGACAAACAAACUAGAAAGCUGAUGAAUUUCACUCUGUGCUCACACCCUUUUUCCUCAAUUUGAUCAGCAGUCAGACUCAUCGUACCAUCUCAAUGAACAUGAUAUUGUUCGUCAAAAGCUACGUGGAGUGUCAUGGCCAACGAUUUUGUAGUGCAUGCCUUUUAUUGCCUAAAAAACUAGUUAUACAGGAUAAUUUUCUUAGAAUAAUCCAGUUUGCAAACAACUUAGUUAA